GGUGGUGCAGUCUGGGAAUGACAGUCCGCUGCGCUGUCUUGAGAGGCACUACCCCUCGCUUUCCUAUUGAGAACAUCAAGAACUACCUUGGGUAUUUUGUAAAGUGUAAAACUAUAGUUUCCAUUUAUCAUUUUCAAGUGGAUUACCACUGGAGGCGUUCGGGAGGAACGUUACCUAAAAUGGGAUUUAGCUGAUGCCUCAUUUUUGGACGUCUUUUGACGGGAUCGGCUCGCCAUGCGCAGCAGAGUAGUAGAAUCGGCUCAACUUUAUCGGGCGCUGCUGAGCAAGUCUGAAAUGCAAUUGCGCUGAUACUGGAUGUAACGCAGGCCGGAACUCCGGUUCAAGCGGCUUGCUUGGAAACGUUUUCGAAGAAGAAACCGAACAUCGCCUGCCUUCAUUAAGUGUGUUGCCUUUUUACCCACUUUCACAAGAGUCCAGUAGAGCUGCAUGUACCAAUCCUAACAUGCAAAUAGAAUAAUAGACCCGCACGUCUAUGUGCGGAUAGUCUACGAAAGACAGUUGAAAGUUUUUUUUUUUGUAUUCUUCUUCUUUUCUCGUGGGUACUGCUUUAUUUUUAUUGUCUAAACUCUCACCGGCAACGGCGGAGUUCUCUUUGUGCAAUGCUGGUGACGCUGGGAUACUUCUGACAACUGGACUCCUGUAUUAUGCGCCACUAUGUCCCUUUUGGAAAGCAUCCUGGCUUACCUAGGUGCCGGUGACAUGCAGUGGUUCUGCCUGCUCACCCUUUUCGUCGCCUCUCUUGUGACCGUGGCAGUCUACUUAGUGCAGUCCGCACUAAGCUCCUUUCGGUUCCGGGAGCGCCGCGGCGCAAACUCGACAGCAAGAGAAGCGGCCGCUCUGCUGGAUUGGGUGCUGGCGCUUCCGAGCUGGAGAAGGCAGUGGCGAAGAGCCUGGCUGGCAGCUAUCAAUGAAGAAGCCAAGCGACUCGAGGGAUCUUCUCAACUUAUAUUUGAAGACAAUAACCUUGAACGGUUAGAAUUGGUGGUUGUAAAUGUUUCCAGCUUUAGAGAGAGAAAUCAGUGCAAGGUUGCACGCUGUGAAGUUGCUAGUGAAAAUGUGUCACUCUCCAUUAAUGUAGCUCAACGAAUUGCUAACAAAACAGAUCUACAGAUGUAUGAUGUUAAAAUCCAGCCACUACAACUUCAGUUGGAGCUGCAGUUGAAGGAAUCCGAGGGUGACAUUCAAGUGACGUGGUCCUUUUUACAGCUUGAUGACUAUAAUUUUAGCCUAUCACCGAAGAAUAAUACUGAGGGUUCUGCUAAUAGCAUCACUUUAAAAAAACAAAUUUGUGAUAUAAUUUGUUCAGCCCAUCCAUCAGUGCUUCUGAGUACAAAAUCUUUAGAUGAAAGAGAGUUUAAGAAUAUUCAUUUGGGAUCUAUAGUGAAAGAGACCUCCCCUCCUAAACCUCCAAGAGCACAUGAAUGGAAACUGUUGGUGAAGAAUAUUAGAGUUACAUUUAUCCCUGAAACCAGUGCUGCAGGCAGCAUUAAUCCUUAUUGUUUAAUAGAGUUGGAUGAACCUCCUCAAAAGCUUUCUAGUCCAGUCUUAAAAAACUCUGCUAGUCCUUCAUGGGAACAGCCUUUCAUUUUUGAACUUAGUGCUAAAUCAAAGGAACUGACGUUGCAGAUUUUGGACAAUGAUAUUUCCAACAAGAGCUCUUUAGUUGGUCAAGCUUCAGUGCCUUUUGAUUUGUUCAAGAAACAUCCUAAUGGGAAACAGACCUUUGCACUUAAAAAUAAUGACCAGCUGGCUGGAUCAGUCUCUGCUGAGUUCUCCUAUUUAGAUUCCAGUGAGCUGAGGUCAUGGCCUCUACCAACACCAGUCCCUGCUAAGAAAGUAGAAAUGGACCGAACGGUCAUGCCCUGUGGAACUGUAGUGACUACAGUUACUGCUGUAAAAACAAAACCUGGGCGAUCACCUUCUAGUCUUAGUUCAGAUUCUCCUAUGAAAGCUUCUUUCAAAGCUAAAGUUUCAGAAAGAUCUGUCUCACAGCAGAGCUCACCAUCAGGAGCUACAGUUAGUAAAGCCCUUUCUUCUUCUGACACAGAGCUUUUGAUGCUGAAUGGCACUGACCCAGUGGCAGAAGUAGCAAUCCGUCAGUUACGUGAGUCUGCAAAACAUAAGAUGAAGUCACCAAUAAAGAAGAGCACCAUUAUCAUUUCUGGAGUCUCAAAGACCCCAGUAUCUCAGGAUGAUGAAAUGACUCUAAUGAUGGGUUACGCUGCAGCAAUGGAUGCUUCUCUGAAUCACAAUCCUCAUUCAGCUGAGCCAGAUCCAACUGUACAAGCACACACAUCAGAUCAGUUAGCACUGGAGCUACAGGACCCUAAAGAAGAGCCUAGCCUGAACUUAACCCAUGAGUGGGAUAAUAUGGCUGAUCAUGAUCGUGAAGCUGAUAAGAUAUCUCAUCUCUCUGUGUGCAUUGCGGACACAACUACUGUCAAGAAAUCAAAAGGAAGUUUCUUGCAGAAGAGCGCCAAGUUGUUCUUUCGGCGCAGGCGCCACAGGAAGGACCCAGGCAUGAGCCAGUCACAUAAUGACCUUGUCUACCUUGAUCACCCUGAAACUGUUGAUAAAGACAGAAAGACUGCAGCAUUCACUCGCAUCAUUAACAAGAAGUUGCUUCCAAAGAACAAACACAGGAGUAAUCCCAAUGGUUCUGUGGUAGAUCCAAAUGCAUGAAUGAAUCAGAUGAUGUAAACAAGUUCCUUAAAUACUUUAUUUGAUAAAUGGUAAACAUGUAUUUGUUGGGGGGGUGGGGGUGUUGGGAUUUGAGUAAUGAAUACUUUACGGUUUAUAAUAGAAAAAAAAUUAGUAAUGCUGAACUAAUAUAUACCAGAGGUUAUUAAAUAUUUAUAUAUAGGUAUAAGUUUGAAUGUUAGACACACUUUUAAUUUAUUAUGGUGUGAUCUUCUGUUACUGCUGAUGUUCUAUAAAUGAGGUGUGAUAUGGAACUGGAUUUACAAAAUAAAGGGAAUUUCAGAUAGAUAUGAGAAUUAUGCAAUACAUACAGUACAAUAAGUCCAAGAUGCUCUCUUUUCAACCUGAUUCAAUACAAAUAAAGUAGACUUACUAGCCUUAUCAAAAGUAUUUUUAAAGUGAGUUACAUGGGAUGUUUUUUUAUUGUAAUAUUUGUGCUAGUCAGCCUGCAAUUAGCAUUAAGCAACAUAUAUUAUUAUUUUCUUUCUUAACAUACUUCACAGCCAAAUUUAUCUCUUAAUUUCUCAUAAACAUGACAAUUGAAAACUUUACCAAAGUAUAAGCAAACAUCCAAAGAUUUGAACAUAAAAGUAAUUGUUUUUGGUGUUCUAGUGUUGGAGGCUAGUACACAUAAAAAUAAAAGCCACCAAUCUUGCUUCCGAACAUUUUCCUAUGCUACUUGUAAUUGCAGUUAAAAUAUUCAAUAACACUGAUACCAUCCACCUUCCACUCAACACAUUCCAUGCACCCAUGUCCAAAAACAGAGAUCAGACAGGUCAGCAAGGUUUGACUUUACCAUUGUCAGUUUCUGCUUUAAGUGCACUUACAUAUGGCCAUAUGAAGAGAAUUCUUUAAGGGACAACUUUGCAGAAUGUAAUUACAGAUAAGAUGCAGGGAUAAGAUUUCAUAGCAUUGCAUGAGAACUAACAAAGUAAUCCAAGAGAUAAGUAUGUGUACUUUUAUUUUGCAUUUUGUCUUGCCACUCCAUAUAUUGCAUCAAGUCAUUGUGAAUAGACAGAUACAUACAAACAUUUCUGUGGAAUUAUCGCCAGUUCUUAUUUCAGUGAUUGAAUCUUUACAGCACAAAUUUUAGAAUGCUCAGGACAAGUGGCUCCAAAAUGUUGCCUGACAGUAUAAUAUUUAACAAAUUUCACAAAAAUGAGAUGCGUACCUUUCAUUCACCUGUAAAAUAUAUAUUGUAUUUUAAUUGCUCUUCUAGUCUAAUCAUUAAAAUACCAGUAAUUGAUUUAUUUUUUAUUACAGCCAAUUUAAUUUACAUUUAAGAGGAGCUAAAGUCUGUUUUUUACCCAUCAGCAUUUAAAUAGCUGGCACAGCGAAAUGACCAUGUAGUAAGACUGGCAUUUAGGUAAAUCUGUCUGUUUUGAUUACAUUGUGCAUUUAGGAACCUCUAUUCACCUAGCCCUAUCAUCCCCCUUUCUUUGUGCAUCUUGUUGCCUUUGUUCAUCAGAUGUUCUAGCCCUUACAUUCCUCUUUCUUUAUGGUUUUACUUGGAUUUUGUUCAUUAGAUAUUCUAGCCCUUACAUCUCUUUCUUUUGGCUUCUCUUU